AGGAGGAGGAGGCUCCUGAUACCAAGACACGGAAAGGCAGGGGAGGGCAGCGCGAGAGGAAAAGGGGGCUGGUGGAGGAAGAGGGGAACACAGGGGGGAACAACACUCAGAGAGAGCAUCCAGAGGAGAGGAAGGACAGCAGAGAGAGAGAGAGAGAGCUUUGGACCCCCCCCCCCCUCUCUCCUCCUCCUCCCUUCCUUUCUUUCUCUCAGGCUGUCACACCGGGUUGGACCUCCGAAGGACCGACACCGCGUCCGCAGCCCAGACCCCCCCCCAUGGGGUAACAGCAGACGUUUUGGAGGAGAGGCUUUUGUUCGGCUACACAGAUGAACAACAGGAAGGAGGACAUGGAGAUCUCCUCUCACUACCGGCAGCUCCUCCGAGAGCUCAACGAGCAGAGGCAGCACGGCAUCCUCUGCGACGCCUGUGUCAUCGUGGACGGAAAGAUCUUCAAGGCCCAUAAGAAUGUCCUCCUGGGCUCCUCGCGCUACUUCAAAACUCUUUACUGUCAGGUUAAAAAAGGGGCGGAGCCUCACCACCAGACCACUGUCACUCACCUGGAUAUCGUCACGGCGACGGGCUUCAAAGCCAUACUGGACUUUAUGUACUCGGCGCACCUCGCCCUCACCAGCAAGAACGUGAUCGAGGUGAUGUCGGCCGCCAGCUACCUGCAGAUGACGGACAUUGUCCAGGCCUGCCACAGCUUCAUCAAGGCGGCGCUGGACAUCAGCAUCCGCUCCGAGAUGGCCGACGAGCUGGCCGAGUUUGAGAUGGGGGCGGUCGCGGCCGCCGGCAUGAGCGCAGGUGUCGGCGGCGGAGGAGGGGUGGGCGUAGGAGGAGCAGGGGGCGGAGCGGGUUUAGGAGGAGGAGCAGCUGUUGGUGGUGUUGGAGGAGGAGGAGGAGGGAUCGUGGGCAUGGCUUCUGAAGCCCUGGCCUCCAUCAUGUCUGGUCGCAGCACCUCGCCUUGGCUGGCGCGCCGAACCAGCCCGGCCAACUCCUCCGGGGACUCGGCCAUCGCCAGCUGCCACGAGGGAGGCAGCACGUACGGCAAGGAGGACCAGGAGCCCCCCAAGAGCCACGAGAGCCAAGAGGAGGCCUGCCACGACUCCCAGCCGGCCUGGCCGCACGACUACAGGCCCGUCACCGUCAAAGAGGAGCAGGUGUCCCCCGCCUCCUCCUCCCAUCCGCGGGACGCUCCCAGAGGGGCGGCCCAGAGCCAGGGGGAGCAGGGGGCCGGAGGGGCCGCCGGGGGAGGCGCAGAGGGGCCCUGGCAGCCCAUGUCGGUGUCGGGGCGGAGGAAGAACAGGAAGAACAAGGACACCGUCAGGCAUAUUACCCAGCAGGCCGAGAGGAACUGGGACAGGGAGCGGGACAGGGAGAGAGACCGGAACAGUAGGCCUGGAUCUCCUCUGCCCUCCAUGCUGGCCGUGACGGGAUGGAACUACAACGGACAGGAGAUCCCAGGUGCUGAUGUGACCGAACCCAACAGCUCGGACAGCCGCGGCGACUUCUUCCUUAAGCAGGAGGAGGCCCUCGCUGCCGAGCCCAGCUUACUGGGCGCCGGCGACUCGGAGGAGGCCGGCGGGGGGGGCGGGGCCAUCUCGUCCGUGGCCAACCUGAAAGCGGCGCUGAUGAGCAAGAACAGCCUGCUGUCCCUGAGGGCCGAGAUGAUGGGAGACGAUAACCCCUUGCUGUUCGAGUACUUGCCCAAAGGAGCACACUCCCUGUCCUUGAACGACUUCACGGUGAUCCGUAAAAAGUUCAAGUGCCCCUACUGCAGCUUCUCUGCCAUGCACCAGUGCAUCCUGAAGAGGCACAUGCGCUCCCACACCGGCGAGCGGCCCUACCCUUGUGAGAUCUGCGGCAAGAAGUUCACCAGGAGGGAACACAUGAAGAGGCACACCCUGGUGCACAGCAAAGACAAGAAGUAUGUGUGCAAAGUGUGCAGCCGGGUCUUCAUGUCGGCCGCCAGCGUCGGGAUCAAACACGGCUCGCGGCGCCACGGCGUCUGCGCCGACUGCUCCGGGCGGGGCAUGGCCGCUCUGCUGGACCACAACGGGGAGGUGGGCGGGGACAUCUCCCCGGAGGAGGAGCUCUACCCCGGCGACCGCUUCCACGACGACCAGGCCGAGUGCGACGGCGACGGCGAGGAGGAGAUGAUGGCCGAGGCGGACGGCGAGAUGAUGGCGGACGGGGAGGAGGACGGGGGGAAGUGGAAGGACUCGGGGAUGGCCCCCGAGGCGCACGGGGCACUGGACAAUGAGAAGGAGGAGAGUGACUCCUCGGCGCCGGAGGGGGAGCAGCAGAACGGGAGCGAGAGGGACUUCGCCUGGAUCUCCUAGAAGCCGCCCGGCGGCUCGUCCACGCUGGCAUCUCUGAAGAUCCGCCGCCGUCUCUCCGGGGCAGAUCCCGCCGCUCUCUUCACCCAUUGGUCCCCGCGGUGGGCCGGCCUUCCCCCCCGUUGAAUGGAAACGCCGAAGGGCGAUUGCGCGACAAUGAUCUCAAAUGCACACAAACACGGACACACAAACGUACACUUUGGUUAUCCUCAACCUUGACUACCACGGCAGGAGAAGUGGGGUCAAGAGGUGGCUGGAGUGCGAGGCUUUUUUCUGCUUACCUCCUUUUACUUGUGAUGCAGUGGGGUGGGGAGGGGGGGGGGGGGGGUUGUGUGUUUUUGUUUUAUUUUUCCCUUGAGGUUUCAGGCCGGAGUCCUGUCGUUUUCUACUCUGUCACAACAGGAACCAACGAGGACGCUGCUGAGGACGCGGCCGGCGCCCGACUUGUGCGUUUGGCAUCACAAUCACCAUGGAAACCAAGGAUCACUGACAGCGCCGAAGGGAGUGGGGGUGGGGGGGGAGGGUUUCUGGUGGUAAAGUGUCUCCCUCUGUGGGGGGAAAAGGGGCGGGGGUGUGAAUCUAUUGCGAAGUGGCAGCGUGUGUCAGCGGCGCCGGCGGCGCGUCAUUGAUGCGUUGAGUCCUACUGCCACAGACUUGCACUUUAAUGACAACUGACUCCUGUCAAGGCCCUGAACUCGUGGUUUACAUUUUCUGAUCCGAUCUAAACGUACCUUGACAACUCGGUGACCGCACCUACCUUUAAGGAUAUGCUCGAUGUCCGCUUGACUGUUACCACUGUAUAAAAAUCACUGAGUCUUUGUGCAGAUUUGCUGUUUAUAGAGCCUUUUCUUUCUUUUGUUGGCGGUGGGAUCCUCAAUCUUUUCUUCACUCACUCAAGUUUCCCCACGCAGGUCUUUAUCGAUCCAUUCCAACAGGAAAACUGCGCAUUUGACAGAUGUACAAAUGAUUUUUAGAAUUUGAAAGGGGGUGAGGUGGGGUGAGUGAGGGUGUGUGCGUGUGUGAGACGGAGAGAGAGUGUGUGUGUCGGAGGCUACAGUUUCUGCUUCCUAGUUUGGAGACUGGAUCCAAACUCGUUCUGUCUCAGGCUCGGUUCAUCUCUCAGUUUGUGACGAUGGGGUCACGACGAUGAGUUUGUGAUGAUGAUGUUGAGACGCCAAAGGAGCAGCUGCCUUUGUUCUUAGUUUCUUUUCUUUUUUUUCAGUGAUUUUUUUUCUCUGGCUUUUGUAUGUUUUAAAGUAAAGGAAUCUAAAUUGUGCUUGAAAUUUCCGAGUUUGAUAUUCGUAAAGAGUGUGAUAUUACUUUUUUUGUUUAAUGGCUAUUUAUUGAAAACCCUCUUUGUGCUGAAGUCAUUCCCUCCUCUCUCUCUCUCUCUCUCUCUCUCUGAGUGUGUUGGAGAAGAAUGUUUGAGUGUCCAAAAAAAAGGUCUAUUGAUUUCAUAAGAUUAUUUCUAUGUUUUCCACGAUGUUAUUGACAAUUCAAGAGAGGCAGUCUUAUUAUUAUUAUUAUGAUUAUGAGAACAAUGAUUACUGUUGUUGAUGUUACUAUUAUUAAUUAUCAUUAAGUGCUGGAUGCUAAGCUUUAUUGUGUGUUCUUUUUUGUUAUUUUAUAUCUUGUAUAAGAAAAAAGAAGCUUUUAUACUUCGCCUUGUUGUGGACAGAAAGCCAUAAGGCUUUUAUCGACCUUUUAUCGUGCCAGUUUACGUAUUUGCUUUUUUUACCCUGAAAGGGGAAAACAACAACUUCACCGUCAAACUUCUCUGUUUGAUAUUGAUUGAAACAUAUAUUCCGCACACGCUUUUUUGCAUCACUAAUGUACACUAAUUGAUUCAUAUCGAACCAAAAACAAUCUAGUACCUUGUAAUCAUGAAGUGCUUUUGUUUCACCGUCUGUGUGCACAGGCUUAUUUUUUGGGAAGGGGGGGUAAUAUCGUGGUUCUGUAGGUUUUUAUUUUAAUUUUUUUUAUUUGAAGAUGUCACUAUUUGUCACAGCUAAAAAAAAAAGUGCACAUGUUAUGGUGGAUUAUUGUGACCAUAAAGAAGGACAGUGUCUUUUUUAAGAUGGUGUUUUCUCCGGUUCUUCUACACGCUCCACUCACAAUAACGUAGAACCGCAUCACAAAGAACCGUGUCACGUAGAACCUCAUCAAGUAGAGCCGCAUCACGUAGAACCUCAUCAAGUAGAACCGCAUCACGUAGAACCACAUGUCGAAUCAUAUCACGUAGAACCGCAUCACGUAGAACUGUAUCACGUAAAACAUCAUUGAUUGGAACAGCAUCUCGUAGAACCUCAUUGAGUAGAACCACAUCACGUAGAACCGCAUCACGUGGAACCGCAUCCUGGCGCGUGAUUCUACGUGCUGCGCUUUUGACUGCCCUCCAAUCUAAGAAAAACUAAAAGGGGGGUAAGUGAACUCUGGGAAACAUUUUGUUGCCAUGGACUGCACUUCCCGUUUACCUCCACUGACUAUUUGAUUUGUGAUGCUUUUCUUUCUUCACGUCUGGCAACUGUGUUUAUUUGGGCUGUUUUUAUUUAUUGUGCUGUCGUUCGACCCAUUUAUCAAAAAUGUUUUGGGUGGUAAAAAGAGAAAAUAGGAGAAAGACAAUGGGAUCUUUAAUGAAUGUUAAUAGUGGGUGUGGAGGGAUCGGUGACAAAUUUCUGUCCUGUUGUGACGCCACUGAGAGACAUCUGGAUGUAUGUGUGACCCCGCCCCCUCCCGUCCUCCCUUCUCCUCGCGACCCGUACUGUACGUCUUCUUCCUCAUGCUGGGUUGUACUUCAGGAAAAAAAAAACGUCCGCCAUCAACCCCUCAAAUAUGUGCCUCAAUGACAUUUCACCCUGCGUGCUUGUGAGUGUGUGCUUGUGUGUGCGUUUGUGUCGGACGGAGAUUACUGAAAUGAUCGGUUUAGAGGUGCAAAAAAAAAAGAAAAAAGUGUUAUUUUGGGGUGGGGGGGUAAAACUUUCAAAGAGACAAAUCAUAACGACCGACGGGAUUCUCCUUCCCACCUCCUUCGAUGACCUUUCGUCCCCCCCGAUUCUGUGGUCUUAACUGCAUGCCUGUGCUCAUUUUGUCAUACCAAAGCGAACGUCUUCGGCAUCUGCACACGACCGUCUCAUUCCACUCGAUGCAAAACUGGAACUGUUUGCUCUGCUGCAGAUGAAUAUGGGUAUUCUUAGACGUGUACAAAUUGCAAUCCUCAUCUAGCCUGUAUAGCUUGAUUCACACGUGCAAAUCAUGAAGCCAUAGGUAUGGGUAUAUCUAUAUUAUACUAUAUUUCAAAUUUGGCGCUUUUUACUUUAGAUUUUGUUCUUCUAAGAGUGAUGUGUGUAAUACCUUCAUAUAUAUGAAUUUAUAUUACUAUUAUAUAUUAUUUAUUUUCUCUCAAGUUUCAGAGGGUAUUUGAUUUGUAAAAGGUCACAUUUGAAGCUUAAGGUUGUUUUUUUUUUCAUUGGGAAUAUUGUUCAACAUGAUACUGACUUUAUAUUGACGAUUAUCAUAAACUUGUGUUUGUAACAAAUGUGUUAAAUAAUCAAAAAAGAAAAAAAAACUGUCCUGUUUUUACACACUUUUUAUUUUCCGGCAGAUUUAAGUGCUCUUGUGCAGAUUUUUUUCCUUUUUUGGGGGGUGGAUAAUACUGAUCACAUAACAUUUCUACAGCCAACCAUGAGCCUCCUGUUUUUGAUGUUGGGGGCCCUGCGGCUCCAUCCAAGCCUCUUUCUGACUUCAUGUUUAGUGGAAGAAUUAGCUUGAUUUUUAUUUGCAAAAACACCAAUCAGUCUCAAUAAAUUUUGAA